CCAGAGAGACUCAACCUGGAUAAACGUCAGUCGUAUUUCCCAUCCCAAAAAAGGAGAUAGGGAAUGUGAGAGGUGGAGUUAUUUCUGCUGUGUGGUCCUGUGAAGAAGAAGCAGACCUUUAGAAGAUCUGGAUUUUUAAAAAACUUUCAUUGUCAGGUGAAAACUCAAGACAGAAUGGCCGAUUCGGUUCCGGCACUUCCAGAAAGUUUCGCUCCCACUUCGGACAGCGUUUAUUCGGAUCAGUUUGGGUUUUACUCUCUGGACUGUAAUGUUCCUGGUCUUUCUAAAGUCAUCUUAGACAAACUCAAGAUGAAAGACUACAAGGAUUACAGGUCAGCUCUGGAGGGAAAGGGCAAAGUUGGAUUUCGCUCUUAUAAAGAAAUGUUCCAAAACUUGGAGGACACGUUUAAGUUCUGCGCCUGCUGCUCCAAACUCCCAUCCAACCUGACAGAUCCCAAAGCUCUUAAACGCUGCAUCAAGUGUCUGAAUGUGUAUUACUGCAGUAAAGAGUGUCAGAGAAAAGAUUGGGCAUUGCAUAAGAAAUUCUGUAAAAUGCUUCGUAAGGUCUCGAUGGACAGACUGGUUGAAUGGCUUGUGCACACAGGAGAUCUUCCUUUCUCUACGGAGGUGUGGUCUCGUCCGGCUAAAGACAUCAGAUGUUGGGAUGAUUGGCUCUCUAUGCACGGAGAUCUGACAUCACGUCUGGAGCCCAUCCUGUCUGGUAAAAACAUGACCGAUCUCUGGACCAAUGCCUGCCGACCACGACCAGAGGAGGCGGAGCUUCGCGAGUCUGUGUGGCGGGUGUGUAGUGAACUUUUCUCUCGGUCACUGACCGUGGGCCUUGGGAUUCGGGUGUCCCGUCUGGACCCGUACUCUCGCCCACUGACCGUACAUCUUGUUGGUGCCGGUCAUAACGAGACCCUUGGAGCCAGAACCACAGAUAUGGAUGAGCUCAGCCGUAUGUUCCCGGGGCAUCAGGGACUGGAGGUGGUGAUGGUGGGGCCAGAGGUGGUGCGGGGUCCCAUCAUGAGACCCCCGCUGAGAGCUUUCGGACCCCGGGGAAAAGUGUACAUCAGUGCAUAUAAAGGCCUUUAUCACCAGUUUUGGGAGGAGGUUGUUGAGAAAGGUGAAGCUGCUAGACCAGAUCUAGUGGUUGGAUUUCACCCAGGGUUUCAUGCAUCUCAGGGUUUGGGUGAAGGCUGGUUGCCCACAUUACUGUUACUGAGAGAUUACAACAUCCCCUCCAUGUUCACCAUGUACAAUAAUGAAGAGCUUCAGUAUUCUCUUCAGAUUCUGAUCGAAUUAGAAAUGAAUAUUAAAGACAGCGGCCCGAAUCCCUUCAGCUCCCAGAAACCUGAGCAGGUCCAGUCCAGCCCCAACAAACAAGCCAGUUACUGCAAUGCCUUCUAUAUUUAUUUUCAUGGUCUGCUGGAGACACAACCGGAGGAAGAUUAAUUUCACUAUCUUACCUAAAGCCACUGGAACCUUCAUAUAAAUCUGAAUCAUUUUUUAUCUGAAUAUAAACUCUUACUUUCUCUGCAAGUUAAAAGUUUAUUUAUAAAGCACUUUUUUAAAAACAGCAAGUGUUUACAAAAAGUGCCGUACAUACAGAAUAAAAAUCAAAGAGCAUAUAACAAAUCAAAAUACAGUAAUACAUACUGAAUUUUAUGCCAUGCUGUACAAAUAUAUUUUUAAAUGAAAUUGAAAAAUAGAAAGUGUUUGUGCCGGCCUAAAAUACAAAGGCAAAUAUUUCAAAGUUUUGGGGCCACCACUGCAAAGGCUGUACUGUUUAGAUAUGCAUCAAUUAGUUAAUAAGAAUGAAACCAACAAUUAGUCCUGUAAUUUAUAUGGAUGUAAUUUUACUGCAGUUAUCUGUCCUGUAUUCAUGUUUCCAGUUGAAACUUGUAGGCUUCAGUUGUCACUGCUUAAAUCAAGGCCCUGAUGUCCAAAAAGCC